AUGAGUGAAAUACCGACGUCUAGCUCUUCGUCCCUUUCUCCAGACACUCUCGUGGAUGAGUUUAUGCGACAAGGUCACUUUGAUCAGUUACGCAAACAGAUGCUUCGUGACUUUUUACAGAGUGAGCGUCAUGCGGCCUUUCGUGAACAACUAGAAUCGUACCUGCACGACUAUGUGUCCAAAGAUGCUGAGCGAUUGGCCUAUCGCGAUGCCCGACUCCGUCAAAGUGAUAUCAUGCAUGCUUUGGACCAGCAUCCGCUGUUCGACGAGCUCGUCUCAGACUUGUCAAAGCAGGGCAAAGAGUCCUGGCUGGGCGAGGGUGGCCGACUUGCUGAGCAAGUGCGCGAACAGGUCACUCGCAUGAUCCAAGCUCACGCGAGUUCUCGUCAGGAAUGA